UUUUCCAUACCGCCCAUGACGGGCUGCUAUUGGCGCGUAUCACUCGAAUAAACAAUGGAAUUUUAAACCGGAAAAUACGAGUACCUUUGUAGAUAGACUGAGCAUGACAGUGCAUGAACACAGAAGUCAUCCCCAAUGGUACAUUAUAAAAAGUCAUUAUCGGUACGCUUUUGUCAAUGAGAUUUUGGUAUAAUGACAUGGCAUUUGCUUCAGAUCGAUCGGCUUCACAGCCCUUAUGCCCUGGCUGUGGGAAACAGUUUGAAAAUCCAAAGAUCCUACCGUGUUUACACACGUUUUGCCGUAGGUGUCUCAUGGAUGCCGUGGAUAGAGACCCGAAUGGCUCGCUUGCUUGUCCGAGUUGCUACAGACAUGUGCCGCUAAACGAAAACGGUGUCGACGGUUUGAGAGCUAACAUGUUUAUUGAGAAUAUCUUAGGUAUCAUUUCGCCACAACACGAACAAGAAACGUCUGAGAGGGGCACGAAUCCGACAGCACGUUCAAGUCUCGCCAAUCGCAUUUGUAGUAACUGUGAAGAAGGGCUGUGUGUAACAUCACAUUGCCAAGUUUGUAACGAAUUAUUGUGUGCCAAUUGCACAAGAGCCCAUCAACGAGUACGAUUGACUAAAGACCACGAAAUCGUGCCUUUAGCUGACCGGGAAUUGUCCACUCAAGAAGCGAGCUUUCGUCAAUCUCGUACAGAAUAUUGUGCAACACAUGAAUCCGAAGUGCUUAUUCUAUACUGUGAUACUUGUUUUGCGCCCGUUUGCCGUGAAUGUACUAUCAAACAGCACCGGGAUCAUAGCUUUAUUUAUCUACAAGAUGCCGUAGCGAAUAAUGCAAGCUCUUUGCGAAAACUUGUAGCCGAGGCGAAGCGAGAAAGUGGUGUUAUUGACGAAUGCAUCGUGGCUUCACGUGCUAUGAGCGAACGUGUACAAGUCCGAGCACAGAGUGUCUCUUCAGAAAUUCGUACAACCAUAAGACGGCACAUGUCUGCUUUGGAAGAAAGAGAAAGAGAGUUGCUUCGUCGUGUUGAGAAAAUUGGACAAGUCAAAGGUAAAACAUUGCAUGUGCAGAUAGACGAACUUAAGUCGAGUGUAGCUAGUCUGACGCUCGCUUGCGACUCAGCACAAGAAGCACUCGACACCGAAAAGGACGAAGGCAUUCGGGCAGCAAAAGCGGCCUUGUCUGAGUGUUUAAACGAGCUACGAAUGAAGCGAAGUCUAAUGAAUGUCCACGAAGACGAUACGAUUGUUUUUACACCCCCUGAUCUAGCGUUACAGACGGCCAUCAGAUCGCUUGGUAUUGUAAGUAGCAAUGCAUGUGCUUCUUUUAGCAUAGCCCAGGGUAGUGGCCAAAAGCGGGCAAUUCGUGGUAAAUCUGCUAUGUUUAUUGUUCAAACUAAAGACCACCAUGGCGAGAAUCGUUGUACGGGUGGUGAUACUCCACAUGUCGUUAUACAAACCCCGGACGGGCUGUUUUUACGAGGCGAAGUUUUUGACCGACAGAAUGGGACUUAUGCUGUUACGUAUAGACCCCAAGUCGAAGGACUCCAUCUCGUAUCCGUAACAAUUCGCGGACAGCAAAUAAGGGAUUCUCCUUUUCGCGUGAACGUUAAGAAGGGGAGAAACUACCAAAAUAUCGGUGUUCCUAUCUGUUGUUUCGGUUCAGAAGGUGAAGGAGACGGGCAGUUGUGUCGACCUUGGGGCGUUUGUUGUACAAAAGAUGGUAACAUCGUCGUAGCCGAUCGCAGUAACAACCGCAUUCAGGUCUUCGACCGUCAAGGGAAUUUUAUUUACAAGUUCGGAUCUGCCGGUUCUCGAAAUGGUCAGUUUGACAGGCCUGCUGGGGUGACGUGUGACUUGCAAGGCCGUGUUAUAGUCGCAGAUAAGGACAACCAUCGUGUACAAUUGUUUGAGAUCAAUGGUACAUUCGUACUCAAGUUUGGUGAGAAGGGAAGCAAGAAUGGACAGUUUAACUAUCCCUGGGAUGUUGCUGUGAACACAGAAGGGCAGAUUUUGGUCUCGGACACGCGAAAUCACCGUGUUCAGCUUUUCAGCGCAGACGGCACUUUCGUAAACAAGUAUGGUUUCGAGGGUGGGCUAUGGAAGCACUUCGACUCGCCGCGUGGCGUCACAUUCAAUCACGAAGGCCACAUGGUUGUUACUGAUUUCAACAAUCACAGGCUACUUGUGAUCAGCUCCGACUUCCAAACGGCACGAUUUUUGGGCAUAGAAGGCACCAACAACGGGCACUUCUUACGGCCACAAGGAGUCGCUAUCGACGAGGAAGGAAAUAUAAUCGUUGCCGACUCGAGGAACCAUCGCAUUCAAGUCUUUCAAGCGAAUGGUACCUUUUGCUGCAAGUUUGGUGCCCCUGGAUGCAGCCCCGGGCAACUGGAUCGUCCUUCAGGUAUAUGUGUUACACCAGAUGGACUUAUAGUUGUGGUAGAUUUUGGAAAUAAUCGCAUUCAAAUAUUCUAAGUAGUUCAGUCAGCGAGCAUAGUUCCUUCUGAGUGCAUGCAAUGCGGCAUGAAAUUCCACGCUAAUUUGGCUCGUUAAAAGCGGCAAUUUUUCCAUGCACUUGCAUUACAGAAACUCUUUUUAUUUUCCAUUACUAACAAGCGAAUUUGUUUGCAGUUUUUUGUGUUUUUUCGGGCUGUGAAACGGAACGAAGUUGUAAGUUAUUUUCAUUGCAGUCAUUAGGGAUACAAAAAUGUCACAAUUUAGCUACAAAAGCAUUCUAAAACUUUUGCAUAUGUCGUAAAAAUGUUUUCGCAAACAAAUAAUUUGGAAAGUAUACAAGAGUUUCUGUAUUGUAAAGAGCAAUAUUUAAUGUUCAAACCACUGUUGGACAUAAUUGAUCAUUUUCAGCCCCAUUUAUUCGGGAGAUUUAGCCAAAAUUCGACUGCUUUUGUUUGACUUUCAAUAAAUCGGAAAUUCUGGUUUAUAGUGUUCUGGAUUAUUAGUGUUGUUUCCCCAAGAAACGACCAAAGCAAUUGUGUUUUGUAUUUUCACUAGUCGGGCAUGUUGCCUAAUGGUUUACAAAUUGCAUAGUUUUACGUUAUAAAAUAUUGUGAAUGAAUUCAUUCGGUAUUUUAUCUAUUUCGUUAAAAAUGGGAUUCUUAUCUCUGCUUUAGGGCGAAGAUACAAAAAGUUGAUUCAAAAUUCAGUGUUUAUGCUUUAUUCAUAUGGCACGAUUUUUGCAUGAGAAAAAACCCUGAUUAUGCCACGAGGCAGUGCUUUUAUCUUCGUCUUGCAAUUUGCGAUAUCAGUUCAGUGAAUAUUGGUUAUUUUUCAACAAUGAGCGUAAUCAAUGUCGUGCGUGUUUCUCUUUGAAAUUUUCUGUUAGGCAAGCGAUGUUCUUGCUACAUUUAGCUAGCUUCACUCUAUUGCAGGGAUGAGAAUCUAGGUUGUAAUUAAUCUCAAUGGCAAAGCCGAAGGGCAACAAGCCCUAACAUUAAAAUUCCAGUUUGUUUUCAAAUUGAAAGCCCUCACACAAAGCAUCGAAUAGUUAUAGAUUAGUAACGUAGCCGUAGGUAUAGCAGAAAUAGAUUAACAAAGUACGUAUUUCUGCAUUUAAAAAAGCCACAACUUCUUUCAUGUAAAGGUUCAAAACUUCAUUCCAAAAUUUAGAUAUAGAACUUUAUCAAUUUGCACACUUAUUCGCGGAUGCAUUGACGUUUGAUGGUUUUAUUAAAAUCAAAGUGAUUUUAAUUCUCAUGGAACGACAGUACAUCCCAUUUCAGUAGUGUAUGCAUUUGUAGUUAUCUUGAAACAUACGCAAAAAUGUAGGUUUUUGUUGCCGCGAGAUAUUAUGGUCGUAUCGUUGAGAUUCCGGCAUAUUUCAUUUCAAGGUAGCUAAAUACAGCAUUGCAUUUUUACCGUCUAGUUUGACAUGCCUACGUUAGAUUAUAGAAGUAGAUUUAUAAAUAUGAAAAGUAUUACUUGUCCAAGAUGUUAAUACUUUGAUAUUUGUUUAAUAUUUGUUUAUACGCAAGCAAAAACGCGUCGAAGAUGCAGUAAUAUUCUUUAUUAGUUAGAAAAAAAACUGUUUCAAACAUUAUUAUUGGCAUUGAAGUCGAGCCCAACUGCGAAGCAGAAUCGAGAGAGUGCUUGUAAGGAAAUUAGUUUAUGAUAACAUUGUUAUUUGGGGCGAAUGAUUGAAAUUAGUUAACACAUUUUGUAAUUAGGAUAUAUAGAUUUUUCGUUUAUAUUAUACUGAAGAGAAUCGCUUUAAAGCAGCAUUUCUGUUUUAAUACCUUGUGCGGCCGGCAUAGAUCAAUUUGAAAAGUUCUACAUUUAUUAGCAUAUUUACAAUCAAAAUGUAGCGACAUUUUAUGCCAUUUGGAACGCAGAGAAAACUAAAGCCCAUGUUGUUGCAGUUUAUUUGUAUCAAUAUUUCAACUUCAAAACGUACGCAAGAAUUUCAAUAAUUUGCAUGCUCAUAUGCUUAAAAUGUUAAGUUUUUGUAAUUGCCCAUGGCUAUGAUUUCAUUUUUUUAUCAUGGACGCAGAUAUUAAAAAUCUAGGUCAUUAAAACUUAAUUGAAUAUUCGCUCGAGUCAGUGAAUGAGAUAAAGCAUACCCGUUUAAAAUUGCAAUGAAAAUAGAUCUUGCAUUGUGUUGAGGUGUGAAAGUUUCAAAGUUCAUAUCCGAGUUUGUUCAUGCAUGCGAACUAAAAACGUGCAACACAAUACCUUAACACAUGGUUCUUAAAAAAAUUCAAAGUAAAGAUAUCAAAAAAAUGUAGUAAUACUAUGAGAAUGUAGAACAUUUAGUAAGAUCUAGAAAUGCGAGAAAGAUAAGAGCUUGUUUAUUAUAUAUUUAGCUUAUAAGUGUGAAUGUUUCAAACUUUUACAAAACUUUUACUAAUCACUAUUCAAAUAAAGCAGUUAUGUAAACAGAAAAAAUGCAUCUAUCUCUUCGCCUAAGGGCCCGAUCUAUCCUGUCAAAAUUACUCUGUUUACAGUUGAAAUUUUGCCAAGGACAAAAUCAUUCUUGCGUUUAGGAAUUUCCUAACAGUGAGCUCAGAUAUUGGUUUUACAAAUUCUUUUAAGACUUCUUAAGUUUGUUAAACCCUUGUGAUAACAUAUAAAGAGUAAAAAUAUGUUUCAAAAUUAUCUAAAUAGCAGCGUGGCUGCUUCUUCUUUCAAUAACUUUCAUCAAAUGCACUGCAGCAGCUGCUUUUAGCAUGCAAAAACUUCUCGGCGUUUCCAGCAAAGACCUUCAUACUAACUUCCCUGACGAAGACCCUUUGAUCGAAACGUUGAAGGGAGAAUAUCGCAGGCGAAAAUUUCGAAAUGAAAUGAAUCUUGCUUUUUAAUUCUAAACGAAAAAACUAGAAAAACAACUACUUCGCUAGAAUUUUUAUUGCCUUGUUUUCUGUUUUGUUCACGCUUUUGAACCAGGCCAUUUGUUUUGAUUAAAUAAAGCUGUUUAACAGUGGGACGUCACGUUGACGUCAUAUCAUAAUGAGAUAGAUAUUGGUUGUUGUAUAUAGUUUGUCAUUGUUGGCGUCAGAAUAUAUUGUUUUGCAACCUUAGGAUUUCCUUGGAAAGUUUUACCAUGGAUAAAGAUAUUACAACAUUCGCCUUUCCUCAUUUGGUUAUAACAAUAUAACCAAUUCAGUUACCCAAACGUGAUAAAAAUAUAAAAUAGGAAAAUGCGAAAGAUACCAGAAGAUAGUUGGCUUUUCUAGCUUUUUUUGUUUAAAAUAAUAAACGGUUCAUUUGCGGUGAUCUCGGGUGGUUUUGGGCGGAAACUCACAAACAGAAAUGCAAAGCUUAUGAGCGAUUUCUUCAGAUAUUUUUAUAUUAUAGUACGUUUAGGAAA